CAACACAUUAUUCACAUUAGUUAGAUUGUUUCCUCCUAUAGUGUGUUUUAUAAUAUGGAGUUCUCUUGUAACCGGAAACGCCGUGACGAGUUAGUUCCACCGCUUUUUGUAAACACUAAGAAAACCGUGAAGGGCAGGGUGUUUUUUGGUGAUAAAAUACUUUAUUAUGUGACUUAACUUAAAUAAAUGCUAUAUCAUAAUUUAACAUAAUCUUAUUUUGAUUUAACGAGUUUAAGGGGAUAUAUUCCCAAUAUAGAUUUUUCGAUUUAGAGGUUCAUUAGUUUCCGAACUUUUUACAGAAAAAUUAAGAAUUGGAAUGACAGCAAAACAUUUUACUGUCAUCGAAUUUCUUUACUAGACGUCAAACGACAUCCAUAAAGAAUUUCAUUUCAUUGUAAAUCAUUUAUUAAUCAAAAUGUAUGGGGACGGCAAACAUCUGUGUACAAUAUGGAAGGAGCCGAGAUGUUUAGUGCCCCCAACGGCAAACUUCUUUUCAAAGCAGGUACCUCUCUCCCCCGAUAGUAAACUUUAUUUUUUAAUGACUUGUUUAAAAGUCUUUGACCUUGUUCCUUAACAUGAGGAGAGAAGUCCUCCUACGAAGAAUUUUCCUUUCACCCUCUCCCCAAAACAAAAGUAACUCCGACGGGUCCUGUGUAACCUGCCAACCAGUAGGUACAGACCAGGUGUAUGUGGGCCCGCAGCUGUGCGCGUUCCGGCGCGUGACGCUGCCGUGCGAGUGGCACCACGGCAGCGCCAUCUUCAUCCGCAGCCUGAAGCGGCUGCGCCUGGAGCGGCGGCGCCACGCGCGCGGCCUCGUGUGGCACCCCUACAGCCCCGUCACCUACUACUGGGACUGCGUGCAGCUGCUCUUCCUGUUCGCCGCGCUGCUCUACAUGCCCAUCCAGGUCUUCAAACCAUGUCCAAAUCGGUACGAUGUGUUUAUAUUAUUCGCGGACGCCGUCGCUUUUCUGAAUCUGUGCACCCAGUUCCACACUGGUUUCGUCGAACAUGAACACAAAAAUAUCACCUUGGAACCGAAGCAAAUUGCGAUCCACUACCUCGAAACCUACUUCAUUACUGACUUUAUCGGAUGCUUGCCUCUGCAGAUUCUUGUAUACGGCAAUGACUGUCGGUUCUCAAUACAUACAUCAAUGUUCAUAAUUAAGCUGCUCAGAACGUUGUCCAUAUCAAAGAAAUGGAAAAACGUCAUCGGUCAGUUACAGCUCUCGUACGUCAACUAUGUGGCUAUAAAGGUGAUGACCAUGUUAAUUUUGUUCUUUCACUGGAUGACCUACCUGCAUUAUCAAGUACCUUUAAUAUGCUAUCAUAUUUACGAACAUAAUGAUGACUUUUGGAUGUGGUUAAGGAGAUUUAAAAUAUCUAAAGAUGUGAAGGACAGUAUAUUUGAAAAAUAUAGCACGAACUUCUACUUGGUGUGCGGGCUGUGCAUCGGGGCCGGGUACUACACACCUCACCACGACACUCAUCUCAUUCCGGAGAUGUUGCUAUCGUCCUUCAUGGGACUCGUGGGGCUGCUGUUCCUCACUUACUCCUUCGCAGCGUUAUUGCGGCUUGCAGUAUACAGACAAUUCGAACUAUACUGCUACAGUGGGAAAUAUAAAGAACUAGAGGAAUAUAUGACGCUGAUGAGACUGCCGAAAUACUUGCAGAGAAAAAUAAAUCUGUUCAUAAACUUUAAAUUCAACGAACACUUUUUCCAUGAAGACGCGAUAAAGAACACGAUUAACGAGCAGAUCCGGCAGGACAUCAACAUGCACUGCUGCAAGAAGCUGGUCAUGAACGUGCCCAUGUUCCAGGACAUGCCCGUCGCGCUCAUCAAUUCCAUUAUAUUUAGUUUAACGCAAGUCCUCUACAUGCCUGGAGAGACUAUAGUCACGUACAAUACGCCAGGAUAUUCUAUAGAUCUGAUAGCGUCUGGGACUGUCGCUGUCAUGGAUGCUACGGGCAGAGAGGUGGCACAUCUCCGGGAUGGAGCCUUCUUUGGCGAAUAUGCGCUACUGUCACCGGGAGUACUGCGGACUGCCACUAUUAUCGCUCUUGAAAUUACUGAGAUAUAUACGCUGGACAGCAAGCAGUUCCUGGCGUGCCUGCAGCCCUACCCGCACCUGAAGCGGCGCAUGGAGGAGAUCAGCGCCGCGCGGAGGGGCGUCUACACCAAGUCCACGCGCAGGCACUAGCUGCCCUCGGGGCCUGCGGGCCGCCUUGUGGCAUGCUGACCAGCCUCAGUGUAAUGUGUGCGUGGGACAG